AUGUGGAUGUUGCAGAAAACCCCACCACCACACCCACCCCGCGUUCUAAACACCCACAGCGCGAGAUCUCCCUGGAGCCAGCGAGGCAGACGUGGUGCCGAGCUGGGCCGGGACUCGGCCGCAGCAUCCGGGCAGGGGCUCGGGAAAGAUGCCGGCUCUGCCGAGGGCACUGACUAUUGGGAGAAAAGCAGAGCAGUGAGAUCCGGCGGGAGCGUGGGAACCCAAAGAGCAGGGAACCAGGAGGCCGCCGAAGUACUCAGCACUCCAGCGAGAGGCAGGCUUGGCACCGCGAUACAGCGCGGGAGCACAGCUCUUAGGAUUUUGCUGUUUGGGUUCUUCUUUCGGUGUCCAGCCCCUGUCUCCCCGCUUCCCCACCGUGUGCGGACUCUCGGCCCCUAUCCUCCUGGCCGCUCCAGCACCCCUCGCUCGCCUCUAGCCCGCGGGGUGCGCGAGCUCCUCGCCGCCUUUAAAGUGAGGCCAGGGCUCAGUCGGUGCCCGGCCGGGAUCCGGCCCUCGCUUCCUCCCUCGGUGGCUCUCUGGCUCCGCGGCCUGUCUUCCAGCGAUCGCGAAGAAGCGAAAGCGGAUUGUCCUCGACUGGGCCGCCGCCUCCUCCCGGACUUAGCGGGCCCCUCCCCGCGCACCCACCCAGCUAACCACCCACCCACCCGGUCGAGCCAGACCGCGGCAGCGGCGCGGCUCCCCCCGCCCACAUCCCCCGCCGCUGUCAAGAAGCCCUCCUUCUGCAUUGCAGACAUCCUGCAUGCCGGCGUAGGGGAGCCGGGGGCGGCUCCAGAGGGCCUAACCGGGGCUUCAGCCGCCGCCCUCACCGCGCACUUGGGCACGGUUCACCCGCAUGCCUCUUUCCAAGCUGCCACCAGAUCCCCGCUUCGACCCACUCCAGUGGUGGCGCCCUCCGAAGUCCCGGCUGGCUUCCCCCCGCGGCUGGGCCCCCCUUCCGGCCCCCAUGCCUUCCCGCAGCGGCUGUCCCCUCUUUCGGCCGCCUAUAACCACCAUCACCCACAGCAGCAACAACAGCAGCAACAGCCACAGCAGCAGCAGCCUCCGCCUGCAUCUCGCGCCGGCGCCUUGCAGCCCCCAACCUCAGGGACGCGGGUGGUCCCGAACCCCCACCACAGUGGCUCAGCCCCGGCUCCCUCCAGCAAGGACCUCAAAUUUGGAAUUGAUCGCAUUUUGUCUGCAGAAUUUGACCCAAAAGUCAAGGAGGGCAACACGUUGAGAGAUCUCACAUCCCUGCUAACCGGUGGCGGGCGGCCUGCAGGGAUGCAUCUCUCGGGCCUGCAGCCCUCCGCGGGCCAAUUCUUCGCAUCUCUAGAUCCCAUGAAUGAGGCUUCUGCCAUCCUGAGUCCCUUAAGUUCCACUCCGAGAAAUUCAGUGCAGCAUCAGUUCCAAGACACGUUUCCAGGUCCCUACGCUGUGCUCACGAAGGACACGAUGCCACAGACGUACAAGAGGAAGCGCUCAUGGUCGCGGGCCGUUUUCUCCAACCUGCAGAGGAAAGGCCUGGAAAAGAGGUUUGAAAUUCAGAAGUACGUGACCAAGCCUGACCGAAAGCAGCUGGCGGCAAUGCUGGGCCUCACCGACGCGCAGGUGAAAGUGUGGUUCCAGAACCGACGGAUGAAGUGGCGGCACUCCAAGGAGGCUCAGGCCCAGAAGGACAAGGACAAGGAGGCCGACGAGAAACCGUCCGGCGGAGCUGCCGCGCGGACGGCGGAGAGGAGCCCCAGCCGCUCCGAGGGCGAGGCCGAGAGCGAGAGCAGCGACUCCGAGUCCGUGGACAUGGCCCCCAGCGACACCGAGCGGACUGAGGGGGCUGGGUCUCUACACCAAACAACGGUUAUUAAGGUUUCGGCCGCCGGCGCCCUGGUCGCCGCCGGCGCCCUCGUCACCACCGGCAGCGGUGGGAGUGGUGGGAGCGGCGGCGGCAGCGGUUUCAGCUUCGGCGGCGCCAGCAGCCUCAGUUGCAGCAGCACCAGCGCGGGCAGCGCCAGUAGCGUUGGCAGCGGCGGCGGCACCUCGGAGCUGCUCCCGGCACCCCAGUCCACCCUCAGCAGCGCUCCCGAAAGCCCCGAGCCCAACCAAGUCCCGCUUGGCGGCUUAUAGACAGAAUGGCCCGAGAGGACCCGGGGCCCUGCGUGCAGUCUCCCAGCCACAGGCUGGAUUUUGUGUCUAUUUUACGUUGGCGACAGGGCCAGGACUGGGCACGUGGUGCUAAGCAUCCUCAGGGGCAGUGCACCUCUUCCUUCACUGCUCUGGCUGCAGCCACACUGCCCAGUGCCAGGGGAGUUCAGUGUGUCCCACACCAGAGACUUUCAUGGCCAAACGCUUCUCCCUGGACACAGGCAACUCUGAACUGUGAAGUGUUUGACUAAACUGUUCCUCCCCGUUCCAAGGGGUUGUGGCACAAAGACCUGUGGCACUUAGGAAGCCUUACACCUGUAAAUAAAAUGUUUACUAUGGUU